AUGACAGACUCCGAAGAGCGUGUUGAGUUCCCCAGUGGCCUGGGCCUCACCUUCGAAGAGGCUAUAGCUGAUGAGUCCAAUGUCUUGGAGAAGAUCCGCUGUAGUCGCGAAGUGCUUGAGUUCAAGCAAUCACUCGCCUCGCAAUCCUCGACACUAGAAUCACUCGUGGCUCACCAUCUUGGCCUCCGUUCUGGUAUCUCCGCCCAUCAGUUCUAUCCAAAUGCACGUCGUUCCGGGCCCUUUGUUUUCCAGCUUACCGACCUCCACCCGGGGAAUUUCUUGGUUGAUGAUGACUGUAACAUUACGGCCAUUGUUGACCUCGAGUGGAUGGUCUCACACCCAGUUGACAUGCUCGCGCUCCCAUCUUGCCGGCCACAAUGGGAGGAACCAUUUGCUGUGAUCUACGACUACUUUAUGAAUCUCUUUGAGGAAGAGGAGCGCCUCAUGGAUACAUUAGAGCUUGAGACAGCUCUAGACCGCGUCACUCUAAGUAGCAUUAUGCGCGAAACUUUGGACACGAGGAGAUACUGGUUCAACUAUUCCCUCAGUUCUGUGGAUGCAAUGUAUCUAUUAACUCAGUUCCGACUCUUUCCUAUGUUUAAUUUCCCUAUUGUGCCAGCGACGGUUUACCCAGCCCCUCUACUCUGGGCCCCAGAUGCAAAUCAGUUAGUGGCCAAAAAGUUAAGAGACCGCGAGGAGUAUUUGGCAAAGAUAGCGGCACUAUAUGGGAAGGCGCCGCCACCUGUGAAACCAGAGCCUGAAGCGGCUGACCCAAAGGAGCGUCGCGAAAUGCGAGAAGCCAUGCGGAGCAUACUGAAAUACAUGGGCGCAGAGGAUGACGAACUAAACGAGAGGAUAACAUCACAAGUGAGAAAACAAGGAGACAGAGAUGACUAG